UCAGCUUCACAAGAGGGUCGCAUAUUUUUCCUCCCCUCGCAACUCAGAGUCCCUUUCAUCAACGAUAUUACAAUACCUUUACAUUGCGCGCACGAAACGAGACGGAUAGAUCGAUUCUGACGACGAUACAAUGGCCGACGAACAACCCCGUGCGGUCGACCGCACUGAUUCCAUGGAUUCUAAUGAUGGCCCGAAGCAGCCGGACAAGAAGAAGAGUCGCCGCCCUGCGAAUACUGCCUUUCGACAGCAGCGUCUAAAGGCCUGGCAGCCUAUCCUCACACCAAAGACUGUCCUGCCUCUCUUCUUCGCCAUUGGAAUUAUAUUCGCUCCCAUCGGCGGUCUGCUGUUGUACGCGAGCUCUCAGGUUCAAGAGAUCCGACUCGACUAUACCAACUGCAUUGUCGAUGCUUCUAUUCGCACUAAAAGUGGAGGCAACUUUACAGGAAUGCCCAGCAGCGCCGUUAGCACUGCAUUCAAGAGUUCUAACAGUUCCGUGAAUGCUCAAUGGGCGCGCGAGGUUAACGUUAGCUCCACGCUCGACAACGGUGUUAAAACCUUCAACCCUCGAUGCCAUCUCAAGUUCACCAUCCCAGAGGAGAUGGGCCCUCCAGUUCUCUUCUACUACCACCUCACCAACUUCUACCAGAACCAUCGUCGAUACGUUCUUUCCUUCGACAGAGAACAGCUCAAGGGUUCAAAGCGAUCCAUCAGCGACAUUCGUAAUUCCGACUGCACUCCUCUGUAUGGAGAGGGAAACAAGCCUUAUUACCCUUGUGGUCUCAUCGCAAACUCCAUGUUCAACGACACCUUCACUAGUCCUGAGCUCACAAACCCCCCAGGUGGUGGCAACGACACAUGGACCUACCUUAUGAGCAACAACUCGGGUAUCUCAUGGGACAGUGACAAGGAUCUUUACAAGAAGACCGAGUAUAGUAACGAUGACAUCGUGCCUCCUCCCAACUGGCAGAAACGUUACCCUAAUGGAUACACCGACGAAAACCCUCCUCCCAACCUGAAGAACUGGGAGGCUUUCCAGGUCUGGAUGCGAACUGCGGGUCUUCCCACUUUCAGCAAGCUUUACCAGCGCAACAACACCCAGGCUAUGUGGCCAGGAACCUACGACCUUGUCAUUGAUGACCAUUUCCCGACUCGAGAGUACAAGGGUAGCAAGUCCAUCAUUAUCUCUACCCGAACCGUUGUCGGAGGACGCAACCCCUUCCUCGGCAUCGCUUAUGUUGUCGUUGGUGGUGUUUGCAUCCUUCUCGGUACUGUCUUUACAGUCACUCACCUUAUCCGACCCAGAAAAUUGGGUGAUCACACUUAUCUCUCGUGGAACAACGCUCCUGGCGGCAAGUCUGGCCCCAGUACGGCAGCCGCUUCCGGUCGUGAACUCCGUCCUGGCGAGGCCUAGUCAGCUCGCGACGAUUCUCGCGCUCUCCUCGAAGAUCCUUCAAGUCCAACCUCUGCAUCUCUCAAGUCCCCGCCCAACACAACAGGCGGAACUCCUCUGCUUGUGCCGUCCCCGUCCAGGUCAGGCGUGUAGUCGGGUAUUUGAACCGAGCACCUGGCGUUGACUGCUGGGUACCAAGAGAUGGUGCUCUGAAUCAUGUUUUUGGUCUUUUGGAUAUCGCCAUUUGUUUUCAUCGCUCAUGUGGCUCUUUGUCUUUUCCUUUUUCUGUGCGACUAGUCAUUAUUGCAGCCUCCGACUCUUCUGUUUUCUUUUUGGGGGCAUUGGAAGGGUAGCAAAGCAAAAGGCCUGGCUCUAACAAUGUUCCCUCGUGGUAUAGCGGCGUCUUGCCCACCCAUGCUUUCAAAAAGGCUUAAGAAAAAUGGGACGGAGAAAGAGCGUGGAAUGUAUGCUUCGUACGUAUUUAUAUGGGUAGGGAGUUUGGCGCGCUGCGACUCGGAAUCAUGGAUAGAAUGAAUUGAACUGUUUACGAA